AUGGAUUCUGGAAUGGACAUCGACGGAGUCGAUGGGACUCCUAAGGUCGAGGCCCAAGACGAACUCGUUGAUGUCGAGUUCUCCAGACCGUCGUCGUCGUCGCAGAAACAGAAACAGAACGGGUUGCACUCCACCCUAAAAGACCUACCUGUGAAGGUGCACAUUAGGAGACCGGAGCGUGACUCUUGGGUGUAUGUAGGGAGAGCGGUGGUCAACUAUGAGACAAGUGGCUCGUCCGGUCAAGUUGUGGUCCGCUCCGCUGCAUCCGGCAAAAUUCUAGUGCGAUUUACAGAGAUUAGCGAACUGCAGGCUGAGCGCCGGGGCAACUUUGUCGUCGUCGGCAUAAUCGAUGGUGCCAAGGUCGUAUCGUGGUCCUUGAAUGCGUUGAACAGUUCAGACACACUCAAGCUUUUGUCGUGUAUUCAAGUCUGCUGCCAUCCAAGCAAGCUUGCUGUGAUAGACCCCAACGGUCAUCACAAGCUGCAGAAGCGCGUCGAACGCCUGAUAAAGGAGGAUAGGCGCAAGCGCCACAAGCGGCGCAAGGAGGCUGACUCCAUGGUCGAGGCGUUCAGCCGCACCACAAUCGGCGCCGACCAGCAGCAACCUAUAGACGUGCAGUAG